UCUUCCCUUUUCCGAGAACCAUAAACUCUCUGAGAAAUAUGAAUAUUUGGCUUUGCUGGUUCAGAUUAGUAAGUGUUUGAACACACAAGCCAAGAUGCAGAACGAAGAGGGGGUUAUCACCGAGCUUUACAUUCCAAGGAAAUGUUCAGCGACGAACAGGCUGAUUACUGCAAAGGACCAUGCCUCCGUUCAGGUUAACGUUGGGCAUUUGGAUGAGAACGGUGUGUACAAUGGCCAUUUCUCCACCUUUGCUCUCUGCGGAUUCGUCCGUGCUCAGGGAGAUGCUGACAGUGGAUUGGACAGACUCUGGCAGAAGAAGAAAGCUGAAAUCCGCCAACAGUAGGGCAAAGGAGAAAGAAUCUAGUUAAUAUUUGUUUUUGAUAUUCUGUUCAAGGAUGGUAGAGACUAUGUACUCUUUUAAGGAUUUUGCCUCCUUUUGACCAGUUCUUAAUAUUGCAACUACUUUUUACUCUUUCAUGUGUUGCUGUUUGAAUUGUGGUUAUAUGACAAUUAAAAUUUCGUGUUACUGUCUUAA